AUGGACUUGAGCAAUGAGUUCCCGAAAAUUCGCGCCCAGAAACCGUGGGCGAAGAUGCUUGAGAAAGUUGAACGUGCCAAAGCGGAUUAUCACGCGGCCUGCAAGCAGGAGCGCUCGGCGCAGAAUCUUCAGCGUAACGCGGGUGCUGACAGCUCAUUGAGCCCGGACCAAUUGAAGAAGCUCACGGAUCGUGUGGAUAAAUGUCGGGAGGAUGUUUCAAGAUGCCGAGAAAAAUACGAUCAAGCCCUCAAAGAGAUCAGCGAAAAUAACGAUCGGUAUCAGGAGUCUAUGUCUGCUGUAUUCCAGCGUUGCCAGGAACUUGAAGCGAGGCGAUUGACUUUCUUCCGAGAGAUGUUGCUGGGAGUCCACGCGUGUCUCAACCUCACCGAAGACUCGGAGUUGCCACAGAUCUACGAUGAGUUCCGCCACACCGUCACCAACGCGGAUCACAACAAAGACCUCAAGUAUUGGGAAAAUAACCACGGGGACGGUAUGCCGACCAUGUGGCCACAAUUCGAGGAGUACGCAGAGGAGUUCCGGGAUAUCAUCCGAGACAAGGGAGCAAAGAAAGGAUUUUCCGUAGACGGAGGAAUCAUGUUGGUCAAUCAACAGCGAAUCAACGACGACGUACCUGAUUACAUAGAAAAUCCCACCGCGAAGAAGAAAGUCCCGGCGGCUCCCAUGAAGAACAACAAUGUCGAGGCUAAAAUGAAUUCCGCGAACCUAGCAGUCACGCAGAAGCCACCGAUUAAUGGCUCUAACGGAACCUCGAGCCCCGCGAAGGAGUCACGCUCGUCGAAUCAGACCUCUCCGACAAACGGUGGCAACCCGUUCGGCGAGAGUGAAGAAUGGGAAGAAGAAGAUUCCGAAGUUCUCACGGACGACGGCCGGCCGGGAGUCCGGGUUCGCGCACUCUACGAUUAUGACAAAACUGAGGAGGACGAGCUGUCGUUGAAACAAGGCGAGACCUUCGAGAAGCUCGAGGACGAGGAUGAGCAGGGCUGGUGCAAAGGACGCAAGAACGGCCGCGUAGGUCUCUAUCCUGCAAACUACGCGGAGCCGGUCUGAUGAGCAUCAAAGCACUGACGAAGAGAACGAGACGAUAACGGAGAGAAGCCGGCCAAGCUCGAUGAUCUGUACAUAUUGUGGACGCAUAGUUUCUGUCGUUUGUCGUUGUUGUUCCCUGUGCUAGUUGAUGGGAAGGAGGAACGCCCGGCCGUCGGCGUCGUGUAGUUAGGUGCGAAUACCGCUGAUUUUAGCUUCGAGAACUCUGGGCUCGAGAGUGGGCUCGCCAAGUUGAAAUGUUAAUUGUUGUGGGAGUGCGCUGCAAGUUGUGCUCUAAAAUCCAGAGGCCUUGAAAUGCCGUUCUCGUUCAACUCUCGGGCUUCAUCCACUUCGUCCUCCCUAAUCAAACCCCUCUCCCUUCGUCGGCCACCGAAACGCCUCACAUGAUUUCCUCGAAUUCUGGCCGCCUCCUCUUCCCUCGAGAAGCGCAGUCGGACUUUUCCUGACAGAAAAGUGCACGUUCUACGCUUCGACUAACUGUCAACGACGACUCCUGCUGUGUUAGUUCAAGAAUUUUGCUAGUGAAUUUUCCGAGAACACCCAAUCGAAGCGGAUGACAACUUAAUCAUGAUGACGGCAAGGAGGAGAAACAGCGAACAGGAAAGGACGGGACAGAUCCCGCUAUUCUUCCCUGCCAUUGCGGGAAUCGCCUGUAGAAAGAAUCGUGAGGAUGCGAGAAUUCCGACGUGGUGAAUAAACCAUAAACGAUUCCCGAUUGGUGCGCUGUCAAUCGCCAUCCAU